AUGUUUGUAUUAGCUGAAAUUAAAGAUUACAUUCGAAUUUCUCCUUGCAACUUUCAUAAACCUUUGAAAGAUGCAAUAUCCGAAGAAAUUAAUAAAAAGUUAGCUAAUAAGGUUGUGAUGAAUGUUGGAUUGUCAAUUGCCCUCUGGGACAUUUCAGAAUUAGGAGAUUCUCAUAUUAUACCUGGUGAUGGGUGUUUUCACACGCGAGUAUGUUUUAGAUAUGUUGUAUUUAGACCUUUUCUAACAGAAAUUCUCGUCGGCAAAGUUAAAAGUUGUAGCCAAGAGGGAGUUGUUGUUACUUUGGGAUUUUUCGAUGAUAUUAUAAUUCCCAGUAGUGCCUUACAACAUCCAAGUCGAUUUGAUGAAGCAGAACAAGUUUGGGUUUGGGAAUAUCAAGUUGAUGAGGAAAAGCAUGAUUUAUUUAUGGACAUUGGUGAACCAAUAAGGUUUCGAGUCACUGCUGAAACAUUCGAAGAAACAUCACCAGUUGGCCCUGAAAAUUCUUCUGAUGGUGAUUCGGUUGAAACUAAAGUGCCUUAUUCUUUAACUGCUAGCAUAAAUGAACCAGGAUUAGGUUUGAUGAGUUGGUGGGCAAAUACAUAA